AUGUCUUGUUCCUAUCUUGUUAUACAUAUUGGUCUGUAUUGGAAACAUAUAUCCUUUCCAUUCCUACUAUGGGUCUCUGAUGUUGUGUCCAUUAUUGCUAGUUUGCUAUUUUUUUAUGCUGGGUUAUUUGGGAAUGGACGAGAAGAUGAAGGUUUCCUUUUGUUGGAGCCUCUUUUGAAAACUAGUUCUAGUCGAAAUAAUGGCGACGAUGGACAAGGAUCAAGUGUUGGUGGAGAGAGUGUAACUCCUUAUGCAAAUGCUGAUUUCCUUAGUAUUUUUACUUUCUCUUGGAUGAGACCUUUGCUUAAACUUGGGUAUGAAAAAGCACUAGACCUUGAAGAUGUUCCCCAGCUUGCCAAUUAUCAUAGUGCUAAUGUGGUAUUCACUCGCUUUAGAAAUAAAUUUGAAUCUAAUGGUAAUGGCAGUGGUAAAGUAAGCAUAUUCAAGCUGAUGAAGUCAUUGAUUCUCUUGACAUGGAAAGAAAUUUUAUGGACAGCUCUACUAUCUAUUGUAUGCACUUUAGCUUCUUAUGUUGGACCACUUCUUAUUGAGACUUUUGUUCAGUAUCUCAAUAGCCCUCAUCAAGAAAAAUAUAAAGGCUAUACCCUAGUAUUUGUUUUCUUUCUUUCGAAACUCCUAAGGUGCCUCUUAGAGAGACACUUGUUCUUUCAAUUGCGAAAUAUGGCAAUUAUGGUCCGCACUGCCCUAUUCUCAAUAAUCUAUAAGAAGUGUCUCACGCUCUCAAGCCAAUCAAAGCAAGGCCACACUAAUGGGGAGAGCAUCAAUUUGAUGAGUGUUGAUGUUGAAAGGAUUGGAGUUUUUAGUUGGUACUUGCAUGAUAUAUGGAAGGUGCCCCUUCAGCUUUUUCUAGCAUUGUUGAUCUUGUAUAAGAGCCUCGGGUUUGCUUCAUUUGUAGCUUUUUUUGCCACAAUGAUUUUGAUGUUAUUGAAUGUUCCACUAGGGAAACUACAAGAAACAUUUCAAGGGAAAUUGAUGGAUGCAAAAGAUCGAAGGAUGAAAGUGACAUCUGAGGCUCUAAGGAAUAUGAGGAUUCUCAAGCUUCGGGGCUGGGAUAUGAGAUUCUUGGCUAAUAUAAUUGAGCUUAGAAACUUUGAAACAAGAUGGUUAAAAAAAUUACUUUAUACUACAUCAGCUAUUAAUUCCUUUGUCUACUCUUCUGCUCCCCUGUUUGUAUCCAUGGCUACUUUUGGGUUCUGUAUGUUAAUGGAAAUUCCAUUAGGGUCAGGAAACAUUUUGUCUGCACUUGCAACAUUUGAGAUAUUACAAUUGCCCAUUUAUUGUCUCCCAACCACAAUCUCCAUGGUAGUUCAGACUAAAGUUUCCCUCGACAGAAUAACCUCAUACCUUUGUCUCAAUGAUCUUCAUCCUAAUAUGAUACAAAAGCUUCAAAGGGAUAAUGUCGAGGUUGCAGUUGAGAUAGUCAGUGGGAAUUUCUCUUGGGACCUUUCUUCUCCUAAUCUCACAUUAAAAGAUCUUAAUUUUCGAGUGUACCAUGGUACGAGAGUGGCUGUUUGUGGUUCUAUUGGAUCGGGUAAAUCAAGCCUACUUUCAUGCUUAUUGGGGGAAUUGUCAAAGGUAUCUGGAAUCAUUAAGUUGAAUGGGACAAAGGCCUAUGUUGCACAAUCACCUUGGAUACAGAGUGGCAAGAUAGUAGACAAUAUAUUGUUUGGUAAGGAAAUGGAUAAGGAAAGGUAUGAGAUGAUCCUUGAAGCAUGUUCACUAAACAAGGACCUAGAAUUGUGUCCAUUUGGUGAUCAGACUAUCAUAGGGGAGAGGGGUAUUAAUCUUAGUGGUGGGCAGAAACAAAGAAUUCAGAUUGCGCGUGCUUUAUACCAUGAUGCUGAUAUUUAUCUGCUUGAUGAUCCUUUCAGUGCUGUGGAUGCUCAUACAGGAACUCAUCUAUUUAAGGAGUGCUUGUUAGGAAUUUUGAGUUCAAAAACUGUAAUUUAUGUUACCCACCAAAUAGAGUUUUUAUCUUCGGCUGAUCUUAUCUUGGUUAUGAGAGAUGGAAAAAUUUCUCAAGUAGGAAAAUACAAAGAAAUACUUAGUUCAGGAACUAACUUUAUAGAAUUGGUGGGAGCACAUAAGAAAGCUUUGGCAGACCUUAAUUGUGUUAAGCGUAGGGAUUCUUUCGAUAAUUUAAGUAAUGGUGAGGAAGACGUCAGUAGUUAUUGGAUGGUGUUGGUUACUCCAGUUUCAAAGGAUGUGAGACCUCAUGAAAGAGGAUCCACUAUUAUCUUUGUUUAUAUAGCUUUGACCCUUGGAAGCUCUCUUUGUGUACUUAUUAGGUCCAUGCUCAUUGCAUCAUUAGAUCAAAGUGCACUUGAUACCUUUAUUCCAAAUCAAAUUGAAGAACUCAUUAUCUCGAUCACUGGAUUCUUGGGAACUGUUGCAGUAAUGUCACAGGCUGCAUGGAAAAUGUUAAUAAUUUUUAUUCCAAUGAUUGUGAUAUGCAUUUGGUAUCAGAUGUCCGGUGAGUCCUCUCGGGCUCUCUCCCCUAUUUACAGCCGAACUGAGCCCCCACGGCCGGAACCUCCAGACGAGGCGGACUUUGAGCUAAACCUAGAUGCAGAGACUGAAGACCUGCUGGAUUCACAAGCCAACUUGACCCUUGUUGGAAAGAUCUUGGAUGGAAAGCCUUUCCGUCAGCAAGCAGUGAACGAUGCCCUCGUCUCAGCGUGGCAUCUCCUUGGUGAAGUCCAUAUUACGCCAGUGGCCUCUCAUGGAUUCAUCUUCCUCUUCAGUCACCCUUUGGAUAUUAAGAAUGUCCUAGAAGGCAGCCCAUGGUCGGUGUCUGGGAACCUACUAGUCUUUAGAGUGGUGGAAUCCCAUAGGGGAUUCGACAUUCCAAUUUUCUGA